ACCAAACCCUUAUUCUGAGGUGUGUUUUCCCCAUGAAUGGUACUGUAACAGACAAAGGAGGGGAGUUCCCAAAAGAGGCCAUUGAGAUGCUCACCUGGCUACAUCCCUCUAAGGAACUUCAAUGAGUCUUGGCAAAGGUGUGGCCUGGCUAGUCCAUAAUUAUGGGUGAAUGAAUCACUAUUAUAGGUAGGCCAUCGACAUGAAAACGAAGUUUAGGGCCCACCAGGACUCCUUAGUUUAUGCUGAUGGGCCACAAAUAUGUUCCCAUGCACAUUGUCAUCCAGAGUUUGACAUCCCUUCUCCCUUAUGGAAGAUCCCUUUGGUCUCUAGCUCGAGCCCCUGGAAGGUGAUUAGACUCCCCUUCCGUAGUGGACGGUCUGACUUGGGACAGCCCUGGGCCUUAACUUUGUCCAGAAAAUGCACCAGGGAACCAGCCCACUCCUCCAAUAAGUCAGUCCAAUAGGGAGAAGCUGGUGCGAACAAUGAUUACCCUCUCCCGAAGGAGGUCUCACCCAUGUGUGGGAAGGCGCGCCAUCUGGUCUCCCCUGCUUUGAAGAGUGGCACAGUGGGCAAGCACGGCCAGUUUUCCAGUCAUACAGCCCAAAGGACCUUAGCAUGCCAAGCUCUGGGCCCCAGACGUUCCUUUUCAUCUCCUUACACAGGGGUCCUGAGCAGGGACGAAAGCAGCGUCACAGCAUGGGGACAGGGCGUGGUUAAACAGCCAUUUUGUGCACAUCUGCCAUUUCAGCCUUAGGUGUAAGUUCCCAGGAGUUUCUCUCUUCACGGUGGUCAGCAGAGUGUGCAGACACAAAGGACUUGCCACACCGGUCCCAAGAAGCGUCCCUGUCACAAAGCCGGCCGGACGCCUAGCCGCUGGGAUUGGGCGGCGCGAUCCGGCGCUUGCGUAGCAGAGCCCGCGCAGCGGGGCGGACGCCUGCGCAGAGGUGGCUCGAGAGACUGAGCCCCGCCCCCGGCGAGUCGCGCCCGCGCAGAGCAGAGCGGAGCCGGCGAGUGGGGACUGCGCCUGCGCGGUCGCAGCCCAGGGGCGCCGUCGACGUGGCGGCGAUGGAGCCGGCGGAGCAGCUGAGCGAGCUGGUGUCGGCCGAGGGCCGAAACCGGAAGGCGGUGCUGUGCCAGCGCUGUGGCUCUCGCGUGCUGCAGCCAGGGGCCGCGCUCUUCUCCCGCCGACAGCUUUUCCUUCCAUCCAUGAGGAAGAAGCCAGCGCUGGCUGAUGGCAGCAAUCCUGACGGCGAUCUCCUCCAGGACCACUGGCUGGUGAAUGACAUGUUCACUUUUGAGAAUGUGGGCUUCACCAAGGACGUGGGCAACAUCAAGUUUCUGGUUUGCGCAGACUGUGAAAUUGGACCCAUUGGCUGGCAUUGCCUAGAUGACAAAAACAGUUUCUAUGUGGCCUUGGAACGGGUUUCCCAUGAAUAACUGAGGAGGUAGGGUCUCAGCUCUACCCUCAACUCUAAAAGAACUGGCAUCAAACUCGGUGUAACUGUUGUGCUGCUGAUUUCUCUGUGCUACGUAAGGUAGACGAUGAGCACCACCGUACGCACUAGAACACCACGUACCAGCCCUGCUUCCUCCCAGCCUCAGCGCAUGCCUCCUGCGUUGUUACUUUGCCUCACAGCAUGUCCUGACUUCCUGCUCCCCUAGCCUUGGGACACCUAGACCUCCAUACAUCUGUUGUCAUCAUUGGCCUUCUACCUAGGCCCUGUUUUACCCAAGGCUCCCUUUUACUGCUCUAAAAGAGCAAUAUUCAGCUUUUUAACCAUGGUAACACAUGUCAAGAAUCAUGUGCUGAUAGUUAAAACUUCACCAUUUUUACUUUCAUUCAAGAACAUAUACAAGUACAUGAGAGUGAUUUUGUUGUCUGACUUAGUUAUUGACAGGAAUUUACUCUUUAUAAAAGUAAAACAUUUAUAAACUUCACUACUUAAGUCACUAAUGAGAAGUGCAUUGCUUUGGAUACACAUAUAAUAGAUACCAUGGGUGAGAGCCUUAGAUCUGGAAUCAUAGGACAGUUUUAUUAUGAAGAUAUUUGAAUAUGGCCCUUCUUAUCUUCAGACCUUGAUGUGGUUUCUCUUUUUAUUAAUUUAACUG